CCUGCCCGCGCCGAGUGCGGAUCCGCCGGGCUCCCCGCGACGGACCCAGCGCCUCGGCUCCUCGGGACCGACCGAGGGAGGCCGCAAGCAGCGCCGCGGGGUGUGGGGCGGACCCAGGAGAUGAAAUGACAACGUCAACCCUCCAGAAAGCCAUUGAUUUGGUGACAAAAGCCACAGAAGAGGACAAAGCCAAGAACUAUGAGGAGGCGCUGCGGCUCUACCAACAUGCUGUGGAGUAUUUCCUCCAUGCUAUCAAGUAUGAAGCACAUAGUGACAAGGCCAAGGAGAGCAUUCGAGCCAAGUGCGUGCAGUACCUAGACCGGGCUGAGAAGCUGAAGGAUUACUUACGAAACAAAGAGAAACACGGCAAGAAGCCAGUGAAGGAGAAUCAGAGUGAAGGCAAGGGCAGUGACAGUGACAGUGAAGGGGAUAAUCCAGAGAAAAAGAAAUUACAAGAGCAGUUGAUGGGUGCUGUUGUGAUGGAGAAGCCCAACAUACGGUGGAAUGAUGUGGCUGGGCUGGAGGGGGCCAAGGAGGCCCUCAAAGAAGCUGUCAUUUUGCCAAUUAAAUUCCCACACUUAUUCACAGGCAAGCGUACCCCUUGGCGAGGUAUACUGCUCUUUGGGCCCCCUGGCACAGGGAAAUCCUACCUGGCCAAAGCUGUGGCAACAGAGGCCAACAACUCCACCUUCUUCUCCGUGUCCUCCUCAGAUCUUAUGUCUAAGUGGUUGGGAGAGAGUGAGAAGCUAGUCAAGAACCUGUUUGAGCUGGCCAGGCAGCACAAGCCCUCCAUCAUCUUUAUUGACGAAGUGGAUUCCCUCUGCGGGUCGAGAAAUGAAAAUGAGAGUGAAGCUGCUCGCAGAAUCAAAACUGAGUUCUUGGUCCAGAUGCAGGGAGUGGGGAAUAAUAAUGAUGGAACUCUCGUUCUUGGUGCCACAAACAUCCCCUGGGUGUUGGACUCAGCUAUUAGAAGAAGGUUUGAAAAGCGCAUUUACAUCCCGUUGCCAGAAGAGGCUGCCCGCGCACAGAUGUUCCGGUUGCAUCUUGGAAGCACUCCCCACAACCUCACUGAAACAAAUAUCCAUGAGUUGGCCCGGAAGACUGAAGGUUACUCAGGCGCAGACAUCAGCAUUAUUGUGCGGGAUUCCCUCAUGCAGCCUGUCAGGAAAGUCCAGUCGGCAACACACUUCAAGAAGGUCUCUGGUCCUUCACGCACUAACCCUAGUGUCGUGAUUGAUGAUCUCCUGACCCCAUGUUCUCCAGGAGACCCCGGAGCCAUAGAAAUGACUUGGAUGGAUGUUCCUAGUGACAAACUCUUAGAGCCUGUGGUUUGCAUGUCAGACAUGCUCCGGUCUUUGGCUACCACCCGGCCUACGGUGAAUGCAGAUGACCUCCUGAAAGUAAAGAAAUUCUCAGAGGACUUUGGACAGGAGGGUUAAUAGCUUCUGCAUGCUGAUGAUGGUGAAGUUGGAGGUCGACUGGAGCAAAUUCAUGGCAUUGCCCAUGUUGGUGGCCAGACAGGGCCUGAAGUCACUAGUAUCCCCUCUGCUGCCUGGCUGCAGACCAGGAAGCAGGAAGGAAAACCCUCCGUGGCCGCAGAGGUGUCCUGCUGUGCGUUGGGCACACGCGGAUACUGGCUCUGCCUCUUGGUGGCUUACAAACUCCUUGCCCUGAACUUCCAUGUCUUUUCUUUUUGAAACCUCUUUUAUUUCCCCUAAAUUAAUGCUGCUUUGAUGUCUGUCUUGUUUAUACAUAAAGAUAAAACCACCUGGAAGUGUCAGGAGUGGCAGCUGCACCAGGCCCCAGCCCUCUGCUCCUUUCUACCUAAAUUUGGCUCCUUGGGUACAGACUGUGGGAUGGUAAGAAGAGCCAUUCCACCACCUAGGUUUGCAUCUAGAGCUCCUGGACCUCACUGAAGGAGGAAUUGGUGUCUUCUGUGAGCACAACACUGUUUCCAUCAGGAGAGAAGGCAGGCAAGCCGGUCUUUACUAUUGCCUUUUCCUCACUGACUGAGAGAGCACUGACCCCAGCCUCUGCUGGGUCCCUGUCCUGGAGAUGGUCUAAUAAAUCCUUUUCCCUCUUGA